AUGAAUAUGGAAGUUGGAAACGGUUUAUUAUCCAGGGAGAGGGUAUACAAGCUAUCAAGAAACGCCAAAAUGCGUCUUGGAAACGCCGUGGAGCAUGCUCUCCCAUUGCUAAACCAGAUCGCUUCUUCAGCAGUAUCCUGGUCAUCGGGAAGAAUUGACGUCUUUGGCCUUGGGACAAACAACGGCCUAUACCAUAAAUGGUGGAAUGGAGCCUGGGGCCCAUCUACCACUGGUUGGGAAUACCUAGGCGGCGUCUUCUCCGCCGAGCCAACUUCUGUCUCAUGGGGGGAGAACCGACUCGAUAUCUUCGGCAUCGGAACCGACAACCAGAUGUACCAUAAAUACUGGAAUGGGCAAGCCUGGGGCCCUUCACAGACUGGAUACGAAGCCCUUGGCGGCGUGUUCAGCAGUGAGCCAACUGCCAUUUCAUGGGGAGAGAAUCGUCUUGACAUCUUUGGACUUGGAACUGACAACGCUUGCUAUCACAAAUGGUGGAAUGGACAAGCCUGGGGACCUUCCCAGACCGGCUGGGAAAAUCUCGGUGGAGUGUUCGUCAGCAAACCUGCCGCUGUCUCAUGGGGAAACAACCGAAUCGAUCUAUUUGGACUUGGAACUGAUAACCAAAUGUACCACAAAUGGUGGGAUGGCUCUAGAUGGGGACCUUCAACUUCAGGUUGGGAGGCGCUUGGGGGUGUUUUCAAUAGCUACCCUGUCGCAGUCUCCUGGUCCGAGAACCGUCUUGACAUCUUCGGCGUCGGCACGAACAACGCACUCUUCCACAAAUGGUGGAACGGCCAGACCUGGGGGCCCUCUAAAUUAGGAUGGGAAGAUCUUGGAGGUGUCUUGAGCAGCCCUCCAUCUGCUGUUGCUUGGGAUGCGAACCGUCUAGAUAUUUUUGCUACUGGUACUGAUAACCAAAUGUAUCACAAAUGGUGGGAUGGCUCACGCUGGGGUGGAUGGGAAGCUCUUGGUGGAGUUUUCAGCAGUGGUCCAACUACAUGCUCGUGGGGAAGCAACCGCCUUGAUAUCUUUGGGCUUGGAACCGAUAAUGCGAUGUACCACAAGUCCUGGAGUGGGCGAUGGAAUCCAUCGCCAACUGGUUGGGAGAAUCUUGGAGGCGUUUUCAACCAUUAG